UUCACCCACACAUCAGCGCACAGACGAAGCCCGAGACGGCACCGAGACAUUUCCAAACUUCGCGUUUAAAUUACAAACCGCGACAGCCGUGGGUGAAGCCGCGGGAGAGGUUCGAUUGCCGCUGCCUCCGGGCGACCGCUGCUUCGGUUUUGCGGCCUUGCGGGGCCAACAGGUGACGGUAGCCCCCGCUUUGACGGGGCAGGCCGCAGCAGGCCUCCGCGGAGCCUUACGUGUUUCCUGAGCGGCCUCCCCCCAUGGCCUCGGGCAGCGACUCGGCUGACGAGGAGUUCUUCGACGCUGAGGAUGACGUGGACUCGACUCCGUCGCGGCGUUCGUCUUCAAAGAAGCUGAUCAAGAACCCAGCAGUGUCUGAUGAAGCUGUCGGAAAAGAUUCUGGUGGUGGUGGAACAGCGUGUGCUGCUGCUCUUGCAGAUGCAGAGAAGGAUGACUUGCAGAGCCACAGCACACAGCGCAAGCCAGAGGAGCCGCCCCGGCCGCCCCAAGCAACUGAUCACCGCUUGAUCAAUGAACUCGCCUUGCGAGAUGGCAGUAACACCGCCGCUCCUCCACCUUCGGUCAUUGCAGCAAAACUUGAACCGCUAUCACCGUUGCCGCUGCUAUCACCACCGGUGGAGGUAGAAAGAGAGGAUCAGAAGAAGCAGGGGGGGGAGCAAGGUAACUCCGAUGGCACAAGCGUGGCGGUGACAGCCGCCGAAGGAUCAAUCGUCUCCCCAGAAGAAAACUGCCGCCCCCUUGUCGUGGGCAGUGCGGCGAUGCCGGAGGUGGUGGCGCACGCCCUGGAGGCCGCCGACAAAAAAUCUGAGUACGAUGGCGACAAAGCAGGAGCACAGGGCGAGCAAAACGACGUGGAGGCGUCGGCGGAAGGAGGAAGCGAAAGGGGGAGCAGCGGAGCCAAGCCGGGAGCCGAUCCGCCGGCCGGAAAGGAACCCGUAGAACCAGCGGAUUCGAGUACAACCGCCGCUGCCACCGAUCGCUCGGCGAGAGCCUCGCAGGAGCCCGACAUCGUGGCGAGCCACAAGAAGCCACCGCCGCCACGGCCACAAGUGCCGCCCCCCCGCGUGCCGGCGGUUCAUGCGCAGCCACAGCAACAGCAGCCACAGCAGCAGCAGCCCCAGCAGCAGCAGCAGCAGCAGCUAAUGCCGCCUCCACGGCCACCCCCUCCACAGAGACCUAAGAAGGUAGAGGGGCAGCCGUCGCUGGAGGAGGUGAAGAGGCCAACUCUGCUGGAAGUCCCACAAGAGCCCGUGUCUCCAAGCGGUCUGGUGAGCCCCAACACAGCCGUGGAGAAUCUUGCCAAGGAGCUCCAGUCCCUGGAUCUCGCCAGUCUCACGGCAGGGGAAAAGGUCAUCGAGGCACAGGAGAAGGAUGCUGGUGGAGCUGACAGUCGACCAGCAGCUAAAGCUGAUCGCCCACGCUCCAAUUCUGGACGGGAUCUCACCGACGAGGAAAUCCUUGCGAUGGUGAUCGUCAAGAACCUGGACACGGGAGAGGAGAUUCCGCUGAACCAGGCCGAAGAGAAACUCCCAAAAGGCCACAACCCCUUGGCUUUGCACAUCAUGCGGCGCACUAAGGAGUUCAUCAGCAGCAUAGGUGCAGCGGGCUCGGACGACGAGGAGAAGUGCCAACCUCAAGGAGUGGAACAGGACGGCAAAAAACUCAAGCAGAAAACAGUUCAGCUGAAGCGGUUCCUCGGGAAAUCGAUGAAGAAGGCCAAGGUGUUGGCCGAGGAGUACGGCGAGCGGGCCGUCAGCAAAGUGCGCAGCGUGCGGGACGAAGUGCUGCACGGGGAGCAGGAGGAUCAGUCGAGCGACGAGGAGGAGGGGAUGCCAUACACGAGGCCCGUUAAGUUCCGCGCCGCACACGGCUACAAGGGGCCCUACGACUUCGACCAGAUCGUCAUGGUGCAGGACCUGAGCCAGGAGCACAAGGGCGCCGUGUGGACCAUGAAGUUCUCGCACUGUGGGCGGCUGCUCGCGACGGCCGGGCAGGACAACGUGGUUCGCAUCUGGGUGCUCAAGCAGGCGCACGAGUUCUUCAGCAACAUGCGGCAGAAGUACAACACGGAGGGCCGGGUGUCUCCCUCUCCUUCCCAGGACAGCCUGAGCUCCAUCAAGUCAGAGACAGAGAUCGGCUCUCCGGACGACGCUGAAAGGAGCGACAGUGCGGCGCCCUUCAGGAGACAGCCUUUCUGUAAAUACAGCGGACACACGGCCGACCUGCUUGACCUGUCGUGGUCAAAGAACUACUUCCUGCUGUCGUCCUCGAUGGACAAAACGGUGCGGCUGUGGCACAUCUCGCGCAAGGAGUGCCUCUGCUGCUUCCAGCACAUCGACUUUGUCACCGCCAUCGCCUUCCACCCGCGGGACGACCGCUACUUCUUGAGCGGCUCGCUGGAUGGCAAGCUGCGCCUGUGGAACAUUCCCGAGAAGAAAGUGGCUCUCUGGAACGAGGUGGACGGGGCCACCAAGCUCAUCACGGCCGCCAACUUCUGCCAAAACGGCAAAUUCGCCGUCAUCGGCACUUACGACGGGCGCUGCGUUUUCUACGAGACGGAGCACCUCAAGUACUUCACGCAGAUCCACGUGCGAUCCAGCCGAGGACGCAACCGCGUCGGGCGCAAGAUCACGGGGAUCGAGCCCCUUCCCGCGGAGAACAAGAUCCUCGUGACUUCAAAUGACUCGCGAAUCCGCCUCUACGACCUCCGCGACCUCUCGCUCUGCAUCAAGUACAAGGGCAGCCUCAACAACAGCAGCCAGAUUAAAGCCAGCUUCAGUCACAACUUUCAGCACAUGGUGUCUGGAUCCGAGGACCGCUACGUGUACCUGUGGAAGACCUACCAUGACGUCAACCGCUUCUCCUCCGUCCGCAGGGACCGCAACGAUUACUGGGAGGGCUUCAAGGCUCACAACGCAGUCGUGACGUCGGCGAUCUUCUCGCCCCAUCCUGCGCUCAUCACCGGCUCGGACGUUCCGACGGUCGAGGAAGUGGUACCCAGUGAGGGCGGUGAGGGAUCCACGGAGACCGGUACGGCCGGUUCUGCCCGGUCAGAAGAGCACGGCGAGGUGUUGGUGACGGCAGAUUUCACCGGCGCUAUUAAGGUGUUUCACAACCGCACGCGCCGCACAGAACCGGCCGUGCCAUGAGCAUCGCCAGCACGGCAGCCCUCCUUCCUCUCCGUCUAUGUCCCUGUCCGUGUCUCUGUCCAUCUCUCUGUCCAACUCUCACUUGGCGACAGCCACAACCUUGGCCCCUCUAUCUUCCAACAGCCACGCUCGGGUUGCAAUCUCUUAAAGGUACAAUAAGACCAUGACACACCAUGGUUAUGAAGAAUAUCUCACAAUAGCAGAGAGAGGGGAGAAUUUAAUGUAAAUGCAUUGCCUUGGGUGGUGAAUUAUUAUUAUUUUUACGCAGCUGACAAAAUCCGGGAUUUUUUACGUCCUGGCGAGACCGACAGAUUUUUCCCGUGACACAGUUUUGCCGCCUCCAUGACAAGAGCACGAUUCUGGGAAAACUGGGGACGGGGACAACCCGAGCUCACUCGGCCACAGAAUGCGCUCCGCGAUGUUGUGAUCCUGCCGAGUGCCGUGGUGGUCGGAGCGCAGGGUGGCUCGCAAGCCCCCUGAGCAACGUUGAGUCUUGCCGAACUUAAAGGGAUUCUUCAUCAUCAUCAUUGCUUUCCAAAUCCCCGCAGAGAGGGGGAGGUGGGGCAUGCAUCGCUGUUGAUUCUCGAGGUAGAACGGUGAACUGUUGAUGAACUAAUUCGUUUUUGAAAACUGAAAUAGAGGUUCUGUCAGAUACUUGGCACAAGUACACUUAUGGGCACUACAGAGGCAGAAAAUUCCAGCCUCAGAAUUUAUUUGAGCUUCUCUUGAUUUCAGUUGCGGUGGGAAUAUGUGCCGCUCGUGGUUGGGGAAGUGGUGAGAUGUUUACUACCUCGCCUGGUCUGCAGGAGGUCGUGGGUGCGAUCCCGACCCUGACGCCUGCUGUAUAUUUGGAGUUUCCAUGUCUCUCUUACCGUGAUCGUGUUGAUUUUUCUCCGGGUCCUCCAGUUUUUCACUCCACAUUUAUAAACAUGCAUUUCGAGUAUUUGGCUGCUAUAAAUUUGCAUAUGAUAAGCCACUUUAUUGGCCUAUCAUUUGUGGCUAUGUCACUUCUGAAAAAGAGCUAUACAGCUCCGUGGGCCUUACCUGGUCAAAUAAAAAUAGUUUAUAGUUUAGUUUAAACGUGAACUCGUUGCAUUACAACGCACGUACGAAUUUAGAAACACAGAUUCUUACGCACGCCAUUGGAUGCUUGUAUUGUUCGCUGAACCGAUGCAUCGUCUCGUCUCCCCCGUCUCUCUCCCACCUCCCCCCAUCGCCCGUCGGGCUACAUUAAAGUGUCAAUGCUCGGAGACGGGGCUUUCAUUGACGGUUGCGCAUCCACCAGCCACUGCUUCGCUAUCUGGCACAGCGUGCACGGACCAGGAUUUAAAUUGACGCCUCCCGAUGUCCGUGUAAUGCUCCUCCUCUGCCGCAUGCGGGCGUCAAAAUUGGGCCAAGUCGCGGGAUGCGACAGCGGUUCGUCGUACGACGCACAGCGAACUGCCCGUCGGUCCGCUGUGAGUAUUACGCAGCGGUCGCUUAGUAUUCCUUAGACCAUGUCCCGAUCAUAGCGUAUGGUUCUAUUACCCUGCUAAAUGCUGCUGAUGAUGUUGUUGAAUAAUCCCUUCAUAUGCGUGCGUGUUUUAAGUGUGUGUGUCUUCGUGUUAAAAAAAAUUCUCCAAAGUUUAGACACAUUUGCAACUGCAUAAUCGCCAAGAGCAAAUUCUGGAGUGCCCUCGAACAGACAAAUGAAAUUCCCUCGCUGCACACAAAAGGCAUCGGGCGCACAAAGGACUGUGAGAUUACGCAGCCAAUUAUGUGUGGGUAUCGGGCGCCCAUUUGUGGUCACGACAUUUCUUGCGGGCCAGGAUGGUGGCUCAUUCAUUGCCAAAAGAUGUGGUUUGGCUGAGCGAGUCAACCUCGCGUAUCGUUGGCUGCGGGGAUCUACAAACCAGUGUGGAGCUUUUUAUGCCUUUUGCGUGCAUCACAAAGUUUCGCCGCGUUUCAUGAGAGGCUACACCGUAUUAAGUAUUAUGCGGCACGUGAUGUGCUACUCGCGAUGUCCGGAUAUACUACGUCUUUGCUACAGACUCAAAAGAAAACUGCAGAGUUGUAUUUCCGAGGCGUUACUUCCCCUUUAUGUGGAUGGAUUGGGUUGAGCCUCAAACAUGUUUAGCCUACAACACGUUCAAAACGAAUGGGAGGCGACGUAACGAUAUGUGCGGGUGUUCACGUGCGGGGGCACCCGCACGCGGGUCUUAACGUGCGAGAGAAAAUUGACGUGGCUUGACGUGACCGAAGCAUUUUAAUCCUGGGACGAUUCGCAAUCGUGCUUUGCAAGCGAAGUGCGGGAAAGCAAGCCGUCACCGUCUGUUUUGAGUUUCACGAGCGGUGGGGGGUGAAUCUGGGAGCAGUUGUUAUUUUAAAAUUUCUUCCCUUAUCUGGAAAUUCGGCUGCGUUUCGGAGGCACUUUGCGAUCAGCGAUUCUGCGAUCGAUGGAAAGGUACACUUGGUUGCAGAUGAUUUUUGUUGGAGGGUGCGAUAUGAUUUUGAUUUGGGCUAGCAGCUAGUUGUUUUUCUGCAAGCGCGUCUGAGGUUUUCAUUCCAUCAUCCCUCACUUCGCGCUGCAAUCUACGCGUGCGUUCACUGCAUCACGUUACAGUAAUCGGUCUGCCCAAUUACUGGCCUGAAAUCCCGUAUGAUCACUGUUUUCAGCGGGUUAUCGGAUUACUUUUCUUAGCACGUAACUGCUGAAUGCUUUGUACAAAUAACUUUCAUUUUGUUAAUUUAUAUUUUAAUGAUUUCAAUCACUUUGUUAAAGGAGGGGUAAGUGUUUGUGACAGCAGCUGGCGUUGAUGCGAGGGCGGAAGCAGCCAAUUCACGCAGAGUACACUCCCCGAAUAAAGUCAUCGUAAAAGCAGUUGGAUUACAUUCCUUUGGAAACGCCAGAUGCAGGCCGGAUUACGUGAGGUGGCUGUUAGAUGGGAGUACGGGAAGUGGGUUACUGACCUAUCUGUGUUGGUAAAUUUUCUUUUGUAAUAUCUCGUUUGUACCUGAGAAUUCUCUGGGUACUCUGGUCUUUCCCAUUGCAUGAGGAAUCAGUCGAAUAUCGUCAAUUUCAAGACUGGUGAUACUGGAUUCUGGAAAAUCCUGGAGGCUGUGCUGGGUAAAUUAAUGACCCAACUAUGUUUUAGCCGCUUAAUCCUCCCGUUUUCUCAUCGUUAAACACCUAAUCGUUGCUUUUCAAACGCUUUCGUUCAACGCGUGCCGCCUUCAAACACGCAAUCUCAACAAACCUUCUAAGUUGUGAAUAUUUUUCUCUGCGUUGUAUUAAACGUGUCUUUAUUUUAUUUUGGUAUUGCUUUUCUGAGAUAAUAAUUGCCGUUUCCCGUGUCGUAUGAAAUCUGCCGUGUCCCCUACUCUGAAUUGUGCGCUUCUACCAGACUUUUGCGCGUCCUUUACCGUGUGCCCGGGGGCUGUGUGGAUACGUCGGCGUAACGUGCACCGAAUGGCAACAGCAGAGCAACGUGUGAUUUGGUUCGAAAGGCAUCAGCCUCGCAACAUUUGACGUCUUGUAUUUUUGUACAAUGUUUUUCUCGCCGACCGCAAUAUUUUACUCGAUUUGUCGUCGCCGACUGAGAGAAACACGGGUUGGUCUUCGCUUCCUUCCUUCUGCCUGGUCUCGCACAGCUUGCUGCAUGGCCAACACCCGACUGCCACGGUCUAGUCUCCCACCGAACAACGGAGUCAAGCCCUUGACAAUAAUAUCCGUGGCAUCCACAGACAGAUACCAUUGGCCCUUACACGAGAGGGGGCAUCGUUACAGGACGUUGGGUAGGAACCUACCGGUCUCUUUCCCAUUCAAACUUAAUACAUUUGCCGAUUAUAGAAAACGUAACUAUCAAAUCAAGAUGCCUCCUCCUCUGCCGGAUUACUAUUUGAACAUUUGGCAUGGGGGAAGUGGCCUCGUGUCUCGGGCCUUUUCAUAAUGUGGCCGUGGCGGAGGUGCUGAGUUGGCAGCUCUGAGAUCCUGGGUUCGAAGUCAUCUCGCAAUGACGACACGGGGUUCUCUCUCUCUGGCACGCGUCCGUGUUACUCAGCCCGCUCAACGGUGACCGCUUUACCCGAUCCAACAUUCCAGUUCCGAGGGGCACUCAUCGCUCCCGUUUGCAACGCCGCGAUCAGCGUUCUUCAGAGACCUAAUGAGCUGUGGCCAGCUGGAUGGGGCUUUGCCGGAUAAAUGAAUAGCGUAGUUUAGUUUAGUAGAUAAUUCACUGCAGGGGUGGAGUGGUGGCCCAGUGGUGAGCGCACACCGUGCUAUGAACCCGACAAGCCGAGUUCGAUUUCCAGCCACGGCUGACAUCCGUGGCGAGUGAUAUCAGAACCGGUCCUGCCCAUCCCAACCAACCCGCACUACUAACCAGUGUGGUGAAGUAUUGUUAAAUAAAAAAUAAAAUGUAAAUCCUGUGACUGACAUGGUGUGGUGGUGGGGGGGGGAGGUCUUAAUCCAUUGGUGGAUUGGGAAUGGCUGGAAUCUAUUUAUUAUUCUUCUCUUUUACGUGUCCGAGAAGGUGGAGGCAUCGCGUGAGACGGCGCUGUGUCCGGGGGGCCAGGGCCCCGUGCCGCGGGGGGCCGUCGCUGCGACGGCCCCCCUGAGCGUUGUUGCGGUGGAGGCCGCCGCCUUGUCCCAGAACCUGCGUGGCGACGCUGCAGCGUCGUUUUAAACGUAAAAAAAUAAAAUAACAACGCGUGCGGAAGUGUUUUACCUAAAAAAAAAACAUCGAAUUCGAUUUUUUUCCGCUGCCUCCCGCCGAUGAUUAAAAAAGACGCGGGUGGCCGCUUUAAAGUGGGAGCAGCUAUAGGGUUAUCCACUCGUGAAGGCAAAGGUCCGCUGGCCUGCGUGACUCACGCCGCUGCUGGCGGAAGAGCCUCCGCUAAGGGGGGGGAGUGCCAUGGAGCGAGUCCCCGCUCGAGCGUGUUUUUGGCCUCCUCUUCCACGCUGGUUCGACGUCACGGGGAGCGGAGGGAGUCCCACCAACACUUAACGUCUGGGAUAGAUUACAUUCAGUUGUGAGUCCUUAAGAGGGAGCCUUCUCGUGCACACACAAAAACUACAACCCCUUCACCAAUCUUCGCGAAACCUAACGGAAUCCAGAUUCGUAACGUUAUGCCGUGUGUCGGUGCGAUUACAUCUGCAUGCACUCCUAUCUGCACGCAGUCGAUGACAACCUCCUAACGGCAGGAAUCGGGCUCCCUUUAAAGACUGGCUUUGCCGGCUUGUUCUAAUUCUCGCCACAAAGGAGAAAGAUAAUGGAUUUGGCCCCUAAGUUCAUUGUGAAACUGUCUUGAUAAGGCCGGCACGGGAGUACUUUCUCUGUGCGCGCCCUAAAUGGGUUUCCUAAUGCAUUUUGAGCUGCAUUUAGCCAGUGACACGGCAACUAUUUACCCCAUUGAAAUGUAAAAGUCAUCGAUGAUUGUAUUUUUUUGGAAAUCACGCUCGCUCCCAUUCUCGUACACACACGCGCAAUGCUUGCACACACGUCUAUACAGACCACAUGCAUAGGUGCACACACGACUCUUUUUGUCAAUCCGCUGCUAGAUGAGGGCCUCCCCGCGCCGUGCGGGGUCGUGCUUGGUGGAGUGGGGGGGGGGAGCAUAGACGUGGUAGAGUACAAGGUGGAGUGUUGAGGCCUGAAGCAGGCCCGGCUGCCUCUUUCUGCUCGGUGCUGAUGUUUGUCUGUUCGUGAGAGUAUGGCGACCGCUUCAGACAAUCUCCACUCGAGUUGCCGUGGCUGGGAAUCAAACAGAGGUCGCAGGGUUUGGUCUGUGCCCUAACCGCAGCGCCACCGCUCCUCGCACGCAAACAGAUGAAUAAACACGUACCACACACAUGCUCCAUACAAAGAUAAAGCUAAAGCCCCCCCUUCCCCAUAUAGACUUAACAGACCGUUGAGACAAGUGCUGUUAGCGAGCUUCUACGAAGGCCGGCAUGGCAUACGAGGGGGUUGGUGGUCGGCACGGCACCCAGCCGCCUUUGUCUCCCUCGUGGCGAUAUUUACUCCUCACCAGGUGGUUGAGUGGACCUAGGGGAGGCCCAGGACCGGUUCGGAUAAUCGUCACCGGUGUUCGCCGUGAGCGGAAAUCGAACGCAGGUCGACGGGUUUUGUAGCACAGCGCGCUAACUGCUACUCCACUCCCGCUGCACACGUACGCUCAUGGAUAGACACGGGUAGACGUGUCCACACACAUACGCACAUGUGCAGUCAAGCACAAUUCACAUACACUGCGAGUGUGAAUAGAAAAUUGUAUGUAAAGGGAAACAAAAUUGUGAUGCGAUGGCAAAUAAAUGUGUGUGCAGAUUUUGGCGAGAGAUGAUUGUCCACAAUGCACGUGGCAUUCAAUUUAAAAAUCGCACCGACCCAUCGUAAAUUGUGACAUUCAGCUUCAUUAUCGUACCCGUAAUAGCACAACCGGUAUUUCACCAUUAUUUAUUCGCGCCUGCAGAUACAGCAGUAGCUGCUGGCAUUUUAAAUGCAUGGCCUAAGUUUGCAAGGAAUUGAACCUGCAACUUUUAUUACAAUAGAAAAUUAUAGCUGACCCCAGGUCUGUGUUGCUAUAAGAGAGAAACAGCUCUUGUCACCCUGCACAUAAAUAAGGGAUUAAUCAAUGCGAUCCGCCGACUUCAAUUUAACCCGAUUAUCUGAGUGGGGGGGGGGGGGGGGGGUGGGUCCCCUACUGAAUGGCGCUGAGAUUUUGAGGUGUGGAGCCAAAUAUGCCUGGCGCAGGACCCUCCUCUGGCUCGAUCAGAGGCUCGUGAAUGAGCGCGCGGUAUUCCUGGGUUCAGGCCGUACCGAUGGACGGUGAUAAUGGUGAAAAUGCAAUUUUAUUUGUUGUUAAUCAACAAUUUGGUGAAUGCUAUUUUGUUGGUGGUUUUUCUAUGUUCGAGACAGGUCUCAUGUCAUGCUUGUGCUCAAAUCUUUGCAGCCUUAUGUUGAGAUUUUUAUAUCUAUGUUUAAAAAUACAUCGGCUUAAUUUUCCACCAAACGGUGUCCCGGUUGUGCUGUUAACGGCACAACGAGCGAAGCUUAUUAAAACUCCCAAGUAGCCCAGUGAUCCUGGUGAGAGAUCAAUCUUACAAUGGCUUGUGGACUGGACUUUCCUCCGACGUGCGUUCUUCUUCCAAGUCCCGUCGCGUACCUGCGCUUUAUUCGUCGGAGUGCAUUCAGAUUUGUGUUAUUUAUGCAGUCGUCAGUGACGGAGCCGAGGCGUGAAAACUCCGCGCGCGCAGAAGAGCCGUGUCUAAUCGCGCGGCGGGCGUUUUGUGUUAAAACGAGUCGCCGAUGACGUGUCCAGCGACGCGCUAAGUCAUUCCACGUUUUUAUUUAAAGUUGCCGAAUUCUGUUACGGACUAAAGUGUGUUUCGCACCGUUGGGUUACAACGUGCGUCAGCUUUUGUACGGCGGCUGAGAUUCGCAAAGUGUGAGCCAUUCCUUUCUGCUUCCCGAGCUAAACCCGUUGUAAAUACGGAGAGUUCUACGCAACCUCUGUUGGGAGUGAUGCCGGGACUAAAAUACUUGGAAUCAACUGUUGACGCGGAUGGUUUUUUUUUACGAAACGACUUUAUUGUGUUUGUGUAUCCGCCCUUUGUGUCGCUUAACUCGGAAAGAGUUCUCGUUAGGCAUCUGUAAACACACUGUCGGUGAUGGGAAGAGUCUGUGAACUGGUGUUGAAAGCGAUGACAAAGAAAUCACUCUCCUUCGCAUGUUUAUGUCUCUCCACAUCAAGUAAAAGUGUUUCUUCCUUCGAUUUGGGAUCCCAUAGCUUCAAGAGAGGAGCCGUGCUUAUGAGAUUGGCAGUUCACUAAUAUUGACUCGAGCAGCAGGUCUGACCGCUGACGCUGAGUGUCAAAACCGGCCAAGGGUUUGCUCGUCUUGAAACAAUGCCGCUUUGAAGGCGUGUACACUCCCAGAAGGCCGUCCCGGCCGAUGGCAUGUGUAAGGAAUACUUUUAUAUAUUUUUUUGUACGUGUGGAGAGACGGAUCAUCCGCUUUUUUAUUUUGAAAGCGACGAGUGGCCGUGAACGAAGCUGCGUUGAUUUCUCCGUACGGUCUCUGUGAAGCGAAAUGACAUUGGUCCAUCAUUGCCAUCGUCGCACCAAGGCUAUUGCUACUCGGCCUGCCGACAUCGCCCGCUGCACCAUCGCCACUCGCCGAUCACUCUCCCCGAAAGUGAUUUGUGAAUUGGCAGCAUGUGGGACGUGCUGGGAGCCAGGCAUGCUGAACGUGGGGGGGGGGGUUUCUCCAGAUUGUUAAGAUUUUUCUGCAUUUUUCAGUUGACUCGCAAACACGGGGUGUUUUCAACCCAUUGUGAAAAUGCACUUCAGCGUCAAAUUUGGCAAAGUGUUGCAUUUUUGCGCCAUGCUUCCGCUGGGUGCUGAAGCACCCUGCUAGUGAUGUCGUGAAGCGGACUUUUCCAUCGGCCCUUGUGUGAGCACAGCCUUAAUCCAUUCCCUUUGCCAAUCCACAGCUGGAUGAUUAAGCUUCCCCCCCAUCCCCCACCCAUACUGUUUCAGUCCUGAGAUUGUUUCACCGCACCACCCAAGGGCAGUUUUGGUUAGCGCGGUUGUUAGCGUGGUGGUUAGAGCGGUGGUUAGCGCGGUGGUUAGCGUGUGCACCGCCGCUCUGCACCACACGUCAUCAGUUCCACUACAGGUCACAGGUCACAGCUCACAGGUCACAGCUCACAGGUCACAGCUCACAGGUCACAGGUCACAGCUCUCACAGCUUUCACAGCUCUCACAGCUCUCACAGCUCUCACAGCUCACAUUCAUGGUGAGUGAUAUCUGAACCGGUCCUGCCCCCCCCCCCUCCACCUUCACCAAACUGCACUACUGACCUGCCUGGUGACGUAUGGCCUAACAACCAUCGCCGACGUAGCGUGGGGCAGGCCGCCUUCCAGAAGUAAUUUUUUAUCAUUAUUUUGAAUUCAUGCCAUGCACAACCAGUUUACAUUUUCACGUGAAUUCUGCUGUCUUCAAUGCUUGCUUGGCGUUUCAAGCGACCAACUCACGGCCAACUUGUCAUUGAGACUCGCAGUGGAAUCGGCAUUUGGUAAGUUUUCCUACGAGCUGGAAAACCUGGUCGAUUUCAGAUGGAGCUAAUGAAGAAUUGCACCCAGGUACAAGACGUUCAUAGGUGUGGGGGGGGGGGGGGUUGGUGGGUCACGAAUAGAUAGUCACGUCCUGCAAAGUUCCCAAACCACUGGGCUGCGAGAUGGCCAGGAUGUGGCAGUACAGCAAGUGGGUGCUUGACUCGUAUAUGCACUCCGUUCAUUGAUAUCUCCUCCUAUGAUCCAGGUUCUUCCCACUUGCAAAGCACUCGACAACAACAACAACGGAAUUGACCAAAAGCACCAAUGCAAGACCCUCUUGAAAGUGGUUCUGGAUUCGGUGAGGCUCCCCUGCAUGAAGGACAAUUUUAUUAACAAUUGACAGUGCAUUUAAUAAAAUUGCUUUCAACAUUAUUUGAAUACGUAUCUAUAUAUGUAAACACAUAGAUCCGUCAGCACAAGAAUAUUGGCACGUACCCUUCAGCACGUGAGCGGUCACUGUUGCACAUUCGGUCGUGGGACUUCGACGUCAACUCCAGCUGGUUCGGCAAAGUUGUGCGUGCGGUAAACUGAUGUGUAUGAGAGAGUGGUUUGGCACUGGAUUCACCAUCGUCGUCGUCGUCAUCAUCGUUGUGUUUCAUUCAUCCUGUUAUCUCCAUUCGAUAAUUCGCGAUCGUCACAUUUUUUUUGUUCGUUAGGUUAUCAUCGUCUAGUCAAAUUUUUAUCGCAUUUCAUCACCGGCAAAGUAGCAUCACGUUUCAUCUCAUCUUCAGCCACGGCCCGUCCAACUGCUGGAUGAAGGCCUCUCCAAACCACCGCGUAUCACUUAAUUGUUAAAGUCGUAUUUAUAGCCAUGUUUAUUGUCGUCGCGUUUAUUGAAAUCAUGUUGCUAUUGUUAUUUAUCCCUGUUAUCACCACAGUAAAUCACUUUUUUUGCCCUAAAUCACAACUCCAUUGAUCUCAUGAUUUUCAUUACAUGGUUGCAAUCACGUCAUCAUGAAACAUCAUCGGUCACCACAAUCACCAUUAUCAUCACUCUUAGAACGGCAAUUCAACUGGAGUCGCUGCCACCCGUGGCCCAUUUGAGCACAUGGGACGCGAUGCUCAUGGGGCCAUGGAGACUGCAUAUUUGUGCUGUUCAACCGCCGCAGAACUUCCCAUACACACGCGUGGUGGUGCUUGUGUGUAAACGUACAGCCCUUCAGUCGGUCUACUGCUGAAUGAGGGGCAAUCCCCAUUGCGGGCAGCUCGCCGUGCAGAGUUACUACUUCACCCUGCUUCACCGUGCUGCUCGGUGCGGGUUUGCCGUUGAUGGCGGAGGGUGGGGGGGGCCGUGAGCAUCCACGUCGAGAGUCACAGCUCGGCAAUUAACAGGUCGGCAAUUAACAGCUCGGGUUUUGCUGCACCAGCACCCUCCUGGCAACGGAGCCCCGCAGCCGCCCGGAGCAACCGGUGGUGGCCCCGCCGUGGUGGCAGUCUCCCAGCCCAGCCCAGCCCAGCGCUGGUUCGGGCCUCUUCCCUCUUGCUUAGGCUCCCGAGAUCUGAAGAGGUGGCGGCGGGGGGGGGGGGGGAGCAUUCCGGCCGAUCGGGUCACGGUGUACGUGAAUGUUGUGUAUAUAUUCUGUAAAUGAUUGCUGAUAGGCACCUUAAGAAGAGCGUUUCGUGGUUAUUUGCGUAAAGCAAACGACGCGCAUGUGCGUGCUUGCACGUUCUUGCCAGAGUGAGUGCACGGCAGCCUGGUUGCUUGGGAGUAUGCAUUGGUAUGAGCACUUUGGCUGUGGUGGUGGUGGUGGGGAAACGCAGCCAUGUGUGAGCGGUGUGCAUUGGAUUUGGUUUCAUUUGGUUUGCGACAAAUGUUCUCCAAAAUUGUCGCCCAGCGGCGGUGUGGCUAUCGAGAGUGCAGGCGGUGCAACUGCGUCCUGCGCCCCAUCGACUGGAGGGGCGCUGAUGCCGGGAACCGACCCCCGCUUAGUUUCCUGUACCAUGGCCGAUGCCGUCUGUGCCGCCACCGAUGGCUGUGUUUGGGGUUAUUGUGUUACAUCGAUGCGAUUCGGUACUAAAGCUUCGUUCAUAUGGGGGAUUUCUUUCUGCUUAACAUGUUCUGAUGGGCGGCGACUCUGCGUGCAACUGAUGUUCAGUGUCUCCUUGUGGUAUUUGUUUAUUA